GGACAAACACAAGACAAAAACGGGACAAAGGAACAAAAAUAAAGAAUGAAGUUAAACAGGAGGACACAUUAACAACGAGCAGAACACAAAGCCAAAGGUAACUUCUCUCAGCAGACAAAUAGCUUCACAUCACAGGUGUCCUUGACCUCACCACGUGGCAACAGGCUACAUCAGUCCGGGCCACGUCAACUCUCAAGCAUGAAUACUUGGCACCCCCACAAACACCCCCGUCAACCACUCACCCACCACCCCCAAACACUCCAUGCAUAAAUAUAUCCACCCAACUCGAACCUCAUUUGAUCUCCCACUUCAAUUCACCACAAACCCCUCAGAAAGAAACGGACACUCACUUAACUCUGCAUCAAGAAAUUGUUUUUUUUUUCCCCACAUUUUCAAUGGCGGACAGAGGCAGAGAGAUACACGGGCUGGCGCCGGAGAAAGGGGAGGGGAAGCCGAUGUCGGUGGAACAGCAGUUGCUGGACAAAGGGGCCGCGAUGCUGCAGUCGUUGAAGCCGAUUAAGCAGUUCAGCCAGCACGCUUGCACUUUCGCCUUGUACGGCCAUGACUUGACUCGCCAGAUCGAGACUCACCAUUUCGUUACUCGUAUCAACGAGGACUUCCUUCAGUGUGCCGUUCACGACACCGACGAGUCCCAUGGCCGUCUGAUUGGGGUUGAAUAUAUAAUAACGGACCGCAUCUUUGAAACACUGACGCCCGAUGAGCAGAAGCUUUGGCACUCCCAUGCAUACGAGAUCAAAUCAGGGCUUUGGGUGAAUCCCCGUGUUCCCGAGAUGGUUAUCAAGCCUGAACUUGAAAAUCUUGCCAAAACUUAUGGCAAGUUUUGGUGCACCUGGCAAACUGACAGAGGUGACAGGCUUCCCAUGGGGCCACCUGCACUGAUGUUCUCCCCACAGCCGGGUGUGGUGAGGCCAGAUCACCUAGUUCAGAGAAGGGAUCAGAAGUACAAUGUCGAUUCCAGUUCUCUCAAGGCUUCAAGGGUGGAGAUUCCGGAACCGGAGUGGAUUAAUCCGCAGGCGGACUACUGGAAGAGCCACGGGAAGGGUUUUUCUAUUGUUGUUGAGCCGACGGAGAUGAAGAAGAUAGCACCGUUUCCCUGAAAAUUAACUCGGUGGAGGACAACCCUGAAACGGGCUAAUACUACUCAGGUGUAGGAAGAAGAAUGCAGUAUGUAAGAUAUGUACAUACGUUUGUGUGGUAAUUUAUGUGCGAGUCUGUUAUGUUUUACCUUUUUUUUCAUGUUUGUUUGAUGUUUGGGACUUCGAUCUACAAGUUGAAUUGUGACUGUGACUCUGUAAAGUGUGCAAGCAAAAUGAAAGUUAUGUAGGUCCACGUAGACCCGUUGGAU